AUGACUGAAGAACAAGACCUCAUCGACCGAUCACCACCGCCUACAGGACCCGACCCUGAACCAAACCCGAAUCCGAAUUCAGUAAUCCAUCCGAGGCGUGCGUCUUUCGAGCACGGACUCCUUCCGAUCCAGAAACUUGUUUUCACCGACCCGAGCCAAACCCUAGCUCCUGUCAAGCAGAAGCUAGCGGAUGCCGCCACGAAUAACCGCGUUGGAUCGGCUGCAGUCGCCGAUGUCCUCCAGAUCUCCGGUGACCAUGCGCGUCUCGUUCUCGAAACUCUCGGCUCUGUGCUCCAUUCCGAGUCUGACCCUUUGGUUCGAGCGAAACCAGAGGAAGUUGAUUCGGUAGGAGCUGAUUUGCGGGAUCUAAUUUUGUUUCUGUACAUUCAAUCGUAUAAGAAAUUGCUGCCUCGAACGCACAAGGACUCCGCUGCAGUGGCCGAUGUUUGGCCAUCGACUUCUGCAUUUGAUGGGUACUUGUCGGCGUUAUCGCCAAUUCAGGCAAAGCGUACGAUCUAUUUGGUCUGGAAAUGGAAUUGUUGUAGCUGGAAAAUGGAAACGGAACGUGAUAGCUCUAUUAACUGGUCAUCUUUUGGUGGAGGUAUUGUUGUAAACAUUAUUGCAUUGGAUGCUACAUCAAGUAAGCUUGCUAACGUUAAUGUUACUGAACUUGUUCGCAGCAACAGCCGUCGAUUUAUGCCAUCACAAGCAGAUGAUGAAGCUCAUCAAUUGUCAUAUCUGCAAAAACAUUUAGCAAACAUCAUUUCUCUCCUCGCAGAGCCUGUGGAGGGAGAAGAAGAAGAAUCAUUGGUUCUCUCUAUGGAGGCUUUUGAGCACCUGGGUUUUCUUGUUCAGUUCGGUGAUAAGGGAUCUGAUGUAUCUCCAUUGAGCCAAGCUACUCCUUUUUUUGCAAAUUCUGAUCCGGAUAUGCCCGCUGUUCCAGUCCCCGUUUCCCAAGUGCAUGACUGGCUUCUGCAAAAUAUAGCUUCCGCUUUAGAAAGCAUUACUGAGAGAAUUUCUGGGAAAGAAAACGGGACUUCAAAUGCCUCUGAUCAAGAUGAUGCGAUGUCAGAUGCUUGUGCUGCUCCGAACAAGGUUGCACCUAGUGCUAGAGGCCCGUGUUUAAUCGAGGGAGUAUCAAAGACUUCACUUGUUAAGCAGGCCUCCGAUCUAAGGGGUAGAUCUGUGAAGGUUGUCAAUUGCCAUGAUUCUGUAAUUUAUCUCUUAGCACCACUGAGAUAUGCAACUGUGCAUGGAUGUUCUGAUACUACUAUAGUUCUGGGAGCUGUUGGCAAGGCAUUAAGAGUUGAGCACUGUGAGAGAGUUCAUGUAAUUGCAGCUGCCAAACGAGUAUGCAUCGCCAAUUGCCGUGAAUGUGUUUUCUUCUUGGGAGUCAAUCAACGACCUCUUAUUGUUGGUGAUAACCACAAACUACAGGUCGCUCCAUAUAAUACAUAUUACUCUCAUUUAGAGGAGCACAUGAGUGAGGUGGGGCUUGAGCCAACUAUCAACAAAUGGGACCAACCAUUGGCACUGGGAGCAGUGGAUCCACAUGACUCGCUCUCACAUCCUGCCGGUGUCGCUGAUGCACAGGCUGAAUCAGCUGCUUGCGUAGACCCUGACCAGUUCAUUAACUUUUUGAUCCCAAACUGGUUUAGCGGUGAGGAGAUUGGUUCCACGAAAGACAAUCCAUUUCCGCUGCCAGAUCCUUAUAUGGCGGCUCAGCAGAGAAAUCUUAAGAACUUUGAAGAAACAAGACGAUCGUUAAAAGAAACGCCUCUGGAAGAAAACCGGAAAAAGGAGCUAUCAAGCGCACUUCAUGUGUAUUUCAAAGACUGGCUUUAUGCAAGUGGAAAUAUAAGGCAACUCUACUGCCUACAAGGUGACUAA